GUAGCAGACGAUGAGGCGGCCGGCGCAGGAGAGACGGAUUCUGCUGCCGGGAUCUGCUCAGGGAUAACACUCUUCUCAUAACGUCAUCUGAGCCAACUCGAACAAAAUGCAGGCAGUGGUGUAAGCGAUGGGCAGCAGGAGACCCAAGGGGGCAGCCAAGAAGGCGACCAACUGCAAGGUCCACAGCAAGAUGAACGUCUUGCAGUUGGCGCUCCUCAACAGCGGCCUGUUGCCUUUACCCGACGAAGCGUCUGCCUUCAUCCCUACUCGCCCCCUCGAGCUGUCACAAUUCUCCAAACACAUCGCACUUUUCAAGAAGUACGAUGUAUUGCUCAAGACAGAAUUCGAGCUGGCGACGAAGGGAGAGAGCCACUGCAUGCGUCACGCGAGCAAAGCUGCUAAUGAGCCCAAGAACACUUACAAGAAAAUGCUACCAUAUGACUACAACCGAGUAGUUCUGGAAACGUUGCCCGAUGUCCCGGACUCGGACUACAUCAAUGCCACCCACGUGGAUAGCAUUCUCAAGCCCAACGCGUACAUCGCGGCGCAAGGGCCAAAUGAAGACACCAUCAGCGACUUCUGGCGUAUGGUCUGGGAGAAGAAGAGCUACGUGGUCGUCAUGCUUACCAAAGUUUUCGACUUCAUACGGGUGAUGUGCUGUCAGUACUGGCCCAUGGAACUGGACAAGCCUGAGCAGUACGGUAUCAUCAGUGUUACCUUACUGUCUGUCGACACCAUGGCCAACUUUGUCAUCAGGACGCUGAAGCUGAAGAAGGGCGAGGAAGAAAGGGAUGUUUUCCAGCUGCACUUCACCAGCUGGCACUCUCACACGGAGCCCUUUGUCAACGCGCUCUUGGAUUUUCGUCGGAGAGUGAGGACCUUUACGGAUCGGUGGUCUGCCAUAGGGCCCACAGUCAUACACUGCAGUGACGGCUGCGGUCGAACGGGUACCUACAUGUGCCUGGACGCCAACCUGGAGCUGGUCGACGAAGACGGGGUACACGACGUCUUCGGCUACACAAAGAAACUGCGUGCAGCCAGGAAGGGCCUGCUGGCCACUCUGGAACAGUACCGAUUUGUCUACGAAGCUCUGGAAGAAGCCCACACCUGCGGCAAGACGUGGUUUCCGCUUUCGGAGCUCUCCGAACAGCUCAAGUUCAAAUCAAUGAAGAAUCCAUUGACUAAAGUGAAUGAAUACCAACGCGAAUACGAAAAAAUAUGCAAGAUGUCGUCCAAACUUUCCAUCGGAGACUGCGCCGGAGGCCACAGGCCCGAGAACAGGGACAAGAACCGAGACGUUGCCACCGUGCCCCCGGACAACUUCCGGCCCUACCUGACAUCCUUCCAGAGCAAUGACAACACAGAUUACAUCAACGCCGUCUUCGUUGAUGGUUACAGCCGUUCCAAGGAGUACAUCGUAACGGAAUGGCCCAUGGUUCGAACUGCGCAGGACCUGUGGUCCCUGGUGUACGACCACGACUGUAACUCCGUCAUCGUGCUUUGCAACCCGCCGCCAUCAAACACAUACCCUUCCUUCUGGCCCAACGAAAAAGAAAAAAGGAAGAAAUACGGUCCCGUGUUUACCGUGGACGUCGUCUCUUUCAGCCACUACCCGAAGAUCAAGACCUGGAUCAUGAGAAUCAACAAAAAGUGGGUGCGAACGUUCAAAGCAGGUUCCGAGGUGGUGUCCCUGACGGAGUUGAUGGCCGGAGUGAAAGCGGAACCCAAGACUACGCAGAUCUUCCAGAUCACCUGUUGGCCGGAGAACCACAAAGUUCCCACCUCCACAAACACCCUCGUCGAGCUCAUGAACAUGGUGGAGCGAUGGCGACAAAGGACCACCUACGGACCAGUUCUGGUCGUCUCUACGAACGGCAAAUGCCGAGCAGGUGUCUACUGCGCUGCCAACGUAGCCAUUGAACAAGUCGUAGAGCACGGGGAAGUAGAUGUUUUCCAAGCUGUCAAGACUGUCCGAAGACAUCGACCGCAGCUUGUAGAAAAUAUGACGGAAUACAAGUACUGCUACGACCUGAUUCAGCACUACGUGCUCCACUAUCUCAACAAGGAGUGAACAAGAGUCGAGCCGUUGCUCUACAACAUUCCGGCAUUCCCUCACCUGUACAUAAGAAUUUUGCUAUCCCCUGCAACAACACACGUUCUUGUCUCCAUGCCAAACAAGACUACACCCUGCUUGAAGAUACUUGAAGCACGACCAGCAUAUUUUCAUACAUUGCACUACAGAGCAUGCAGGGCUAUCAGUUUUAAUCACCUACUACUAGUACGAAACCUAUCGAGUGUAGAGAGAUCGCCCCUAAAAUAGAGCUCGUCUUCAGAGCUAUAAAAUACAUCGCGAAGGAGCCUAGCUAUGCUUAGCUGCGCUUUCUUUUCUUUUUUUGGCACGUCUUUUCUUUGCAACAUGGCCGGGUUGGUACCUGAGAUGCAUGCAUGGCUUUGAAGUGAUAAAUGAUGUCCGGCACUGUCUGCUAAAGGAUGAUGCACUAGAUAUAGAUAUUGCAGAGUUGCGUCUCAGGUGCUGCCCUACUGCACCACGAGAUAUUUUAAAGGACGAUCAAAAUACUUGAAGCGCUUAAAAUGUGUCUUAUCAUGCCUAUGCAAGUAUCCACAUGGAAGACAUUUUUUUCCGCAUAUUAUUAGAGCUAUAUGCUUGAUAAGCUUUGGAUGAAACUCUCCCAGGAGGUUGUCCUGCCUUUUGAACGCACUACCUUUCUUUCUCUGCACAAUCAGUGAUAUCUUGCUGCCCCUUUGCUAAUCUUUUUAGCCGCAUGUUUUAUAUCCGACAGGGGCCAGUAUGUUGUUAUACAAAUGCUCCAAGUGCCCCCCAGAAGCACCUGGGCACUCGGCUUAGAUGCCGGACUGUGCCUUCCAGAAAGUGGGCUUUUCUAGUCUGUUGUCCUUGCAGGAGGUCGUAGCAAAUAAAGACAUUCUACAUCUUUCA